AUGCUGACCGAAUUCGACGAAACAUGUGGAUGCAUCGGUCUUCAGCUGAAUCUACAAAAGACGAUGUUCAUGCGGAACGGAUGGGUCUCGGAUGCCCCAUUCACGCUCAACGGAACGAACAUAUCCGAAUGCACCAGCUACGUUUAUCUGGGUCGGGAACUGAACAUGAUGAAUGACCUGACCCCCGAGCUGGGCAGCAGGAGACGAGCGGCAUGGGGAGCGUAUAAGAGACCAGGAACACCCGGCUCCGUGCUCACCUUUUCAACACCACCGUACUUCCUGCUUUGA